AUGGAGGAGGAGGCUUAUUCAAAUCGGCGGCUGAUGUAUAGUCGAACCUGACCUUCUGAGAGCGUACGGUUUACGAUCUUUGGCUAUUUUUACCGAUCAGUUCAAUACGUAAAUUGUUUAUUUAUUACGCCAACUAAAAUAAACCCUAACGAUUUUGUAUUUUAUGUACCGAAACUAGUUCCGUCAUCGGAAAAACAGUUUUUUGUUAGUGUUUGCAGGAUGCGAUCGCGGACGUGUUAACUAGUUAAAAGUUUUAUAGUUUUUUUGGCAAAGGCUAACAUACGAUGUCCAGUAGUGGGUACACAUGCAUAAGGACAGUGUUUUGUUUUGUGAACGUACUAUUUUGGAUAACUGGAUGUGUGCUCUUGGCCGUUGGCAUCUGGCUCAGAAUCAGCUAUGAAGGCUUCGCUACCCUUUUACCACAAUAUGCUUUACUUAGUGCGGAUGUAGCCGCCAUAGUAAUUGGACUAGUCACUUUUAUUCUUUCAUUUUUUGCAUGCUGUGGAUCAUGGGUUCAAAGCAGAUGUAUGCUAAUAACCUAUUUCAGUUUGGUGGUCUUCAUGUUUGUGGCCGAGUUCAUCUUCGGAUCGUUGGCCUUCGUAUACAGGGACAGCAUAAAGCACACGUUUGUGGAGAAGUUGCAGGAUGGCCUCUCGCAUAAUUAUAACAUCUCCGAGCCUAGCAAUAAUUUGGUUGGAAUUUGGGAUGAAAUACAAAGUACGUUUAGAUGUUGCGGAGUGGAAAACUACGAAGACUGGCACAUGAUAGAUGCAUGGCCGGACCAAUUAUGGGUCCCAGACACCUGCUGCCUACCAGCUAAUUACGGCGUGGGUUGCGGUCAACAACGCAGCGAUAGUAUUUACAAAAGCGGAUGCUACAAGAAAAUUUAUGAAUGGUUUAAAGAACGCCUACUAGUCAUCGGUUUAGUCGGGUUGACAGUUGCGUUUGUUCAGCUUUUCGGGUUGAUAUCUUCAAUGCUGCUAUUUUGCACCGUGAAGCACCGACGAAGAUCAAGAACUUACAAAUCUUAUCAGUAAAUUACGUGUCCUAUACCUAGUUGUUAAUUUUGUUUUAAUAUCAUUAUUAUUUACGAUAAUAUUAUAUACCAUUUAUAAAACUUGAUUUUAUAAAAGCGAAAACUAAGUACCCUCUGGUACAUAAUUUACAUAUGAUGGAAUAAUAUUGUUUUGUAUAUAAUUAAAUUAUUUAUCUUGUAAGAAAACGUAUUUUCUUAUUUAAGUACCUAUUUAAGGCCAGAAAUAUCAGAAAACAUAUUUGUUAAUUUUUUCUUUGAAUGAAGUUAUAAGACAUAAAAGUUUAUGAAUAUGUGACUUGGGUAGAAACAGGGUUUUAGAAUAAUUGGGUGACUUAUUCCAGUUUUAGAGUAAUAAAAAUGCAAUUAGAUACAUUAAAAUUAGGAAACUUAAGUUAAUGCACACUUAGACAUAAUAUAAAUGUAAAAAUUAGAAAAGGAAACUUAAUGAGCUUGAAAAGAUAAAUAUAUACAAUAAUAAAUAAGUGCUAAAGAGCAAUUUUAAAUGUAAAAGACUUUAGUUAAGUGCUAAAGGGCAAUUUUAAAUGUAAAAGACUUUAGUUAAUUAUGUAACAGUAUUUUCUAAAUACUUCACACUAUUUUUCAUUUAAAGCUAUUAAACGAAAAUAAAUGUUAUUUAAGCAAUAUAUCGUUGUUGAAAUGUUCACUAAUAUGAAAGUUUUUUUCAUAUUUUAACUAUUUUAUUAACGGAUUUUAUUUAAGUACAUUAUAAAUUUAAGAAAUUUAUCGAAAUGUAUUGUAAAUUUUAGGUACAUUUUUAAUAAACUAUUUUGUUAUUUAA